CUUGCCGGCACAGUCACCGCCAGGUCGGGGAGCCGGCGCGGGGACAGGGGCGCGGGCACACCCUCCGAGCCCCACCGCCGCCACCCCGCUUGGGUGCCCGGGCCGCGGCCGGUCGCCCCGCGCACACACGCCCCCAAAGACAUUUCCGCGGGGCGCGCGGCGCUGAGCCCGGGCCGGCGCGCGUCCGCGGGGAGAGGUCUGCCUCCGGGACACCCGGCCGGGGCGGCGGCGCCCGCCCCGCUCCUCCCGCCGCGCCCGCUCCUCCUCCUCCCCGCCGCGUGGAUGCCAAGUACCCGUUUUCCAGUCCCUUCCAAGUUUCCGCUCGGCCCUCCGGCUGCAGUCUGCGGGAGCGGAGAAACUUUGGGGCCCGCGCCGCCCGCCCGCGGCACCAUGAAGUCUGCGGAGGAAGAGCACUGUGGCUAUGCACCCAGCGUCGCUCCCGGGCUGCCUCUCAGCACCGCACACCCCUCACUGCCGGCUCCGUGCCUCGACCUGCAGUCCUCGGCCCCAGGCAUCUCUGCUAUGGCGGCAGCCAGUCACCCCCCGGGGUACGGAGGCACUGUGGAUGGCGGCUACUUCCUCCCAUCUGGCCACAGCAGGCCCAGCGGAGCGCCUGCCCUGGAGAGCCCCCGCAUUGAGAUCACCUCGUACCUGGGGCUGCAGCACAGCCCUGGCCCCUUCCUGCAUGACGUGGAUGUGGAGGACGCUCUGCCCAGCUCCAGGCGGCCCCCGUCCACUGCCACCUUGACGCUGCCCCCCCUGGAGGCCUACCGCGACCCCUCGUGCCUGAGCCCAGCCAGCAGCCUGUCCUCGCGCAGCUGCAACUCCGAAGCCUCGUCCUACGAGUCCGGCUUCUCCUACCCGUACGCGUCCCCGCAGACCUCCCCAUGGCAGUCCCCCUGUGUGUCCCCCAGGACCACGGACCCAGAGGAGGGCUUUCCCCGGGGCCUGGGUGCCUGCAGCCUGCUUGGGUCCCCGAGGCACUCACCCUCCACGUCGCCCCGAACCAGCAUCACAGAGGAGAGCUGGCUGGGGGCCCGUGCCUCCCGGCCCUCGUCCCCCUGCAACAAGAGGAAGCAUGGCCUCAAUGGCCGGCAGCCGCCCGGCUCCCCCCACCCCUCGCCCACACCGUCCCCUCACGGCUCACCACGGGUCAGUGUCACUGACGACACCUGGCUGGGCAACACCACGCAGUAUACCAGCUCAGCCAUCGUGGCCGCCAUCAACGCGCUGAGCACAGACAGCAGCCUGGACCUGGGCGACGGCGUCCCUAUCAAGGCCCGCAAGACCGCCCUGGACCACUCGCCCUCGGUGGCCCUCAAGGUGGAGCCGACCAGCGAGGACCUGGGGGCUACGCCACCCUCGCCUGACUUCCUGCCCGAGGAGUUCCCGUCCUUUCAGCAGGUCCGCAAGGGUGCCUUCUGCGACCAGUACCUGUCGGUGCCCCAGCACCCAUACCAGUGGGCCAGGCCCAGGUCCCCGACAUCCUAUGCCAGCCCCUCGCUGCCGGCCCUCGACUGGCAGCUGCCAUCGCACUCGGGACCCUACGAGCUGAGGAUUGAAGUGCAGCCCAAGUCCCACCACAGAGCCCACUACGAGACAGAGGGGAGCCGCGGGGCCGUGAAGGCGUCGGCCGGAGGACACCCCAGCGUGCAGCUGCAUGGCUACUUGGAGGCCGAGCCGCUCACGCUGCAGCUGUUCAUCGGGACAGCGGACGACCGCCUGCUGAGACCUCACGCCUUCUACCAGGUCCACCGGAUCACGGGGAAGACUGUGUCCACCACCAGUCACGAAGCUAUCCUGUCCAACACCAAAGUCCUGGAAAUUCCACUCCUGCCGGAAAAUAACAUGCGAGCAAUCAUCGACUGUGCCGGGAUCCUGAAGCUGCGGAACUCAGACAUCGAGCUGCGCAAGGGGGAGACGGACAUCGGGAGGAAGAACACGCGCGUGCGGCUGGUGUUCAGAGUGCACAUCCCGCAGCCCGGCGGCCGCGUGCUGUCGCUCCAGGCGGCCUCGAACCCCAUCGAGUGCUCCCAGCGGUCAGCCCAGGAGCUGCCCCUUGUGGAGAAGCAGAGCGCAGCCAGCUGCCCCGUCCUCGGCGGGAAGAAGAUGGUCCUGUCUGGCCACAACUUCCUGCAGGACUCCAAGGUCAUUUUUGUGGAGAAAGCGCCAGACGGUCACCACAUCUGGGAGAUGGAGGCAAAAACCGACCGUGACCUGUGCAAGCCAAACUCGCUGGUGGUGGAGAUCCCGCCUUUUCGCAACCAGAGAAUAACCAGCCCCGUCCAAGUCAGUUUCUACGUCUGCAACGGGAAGAGGAAGAGAAGCCAGUACCAGCACUUCACCUACCUUCCUGCCAACGUUCCAAUCAUAAAGACGGAGCCCACAGAUGAGUUUGAACCUGCCCUGACCUGUGGACCGGCCAGCCAGGGCCUCAGCCCACUCGUGAAGCCACGCUACAGCCAGCAGCUGGCCGUGCCACCUGCCCCGGGCUCCUGCCUGGUGGCCGGCUUCCCACCCUGUCCACAGAGAAGCACCGUGAUGUCCCCACUGCCCUGUGCCAGCCCGGAGCUCCACGACCUCUCCUCUGCUGCCUACAGCAAGGACCUGGCCAGCCCAGGCUGUGGCCACCUCGGACUUCAGCGGCCAACCGGAGGGAUCCUCACAGCUCAGGAGGCGCCGAGACCUGUGGGCGUGCACCCUGGCUCCCCCCAGCAGCCGCCCCCUGCCCUUCUGCAGCCACAGGUGAGUCCCCAGCCGAGCAGCAGUGUGGGCCGCCGGCCGGCGCUCUCUCCCGACAGCCCCCCUCCAACACCACCUGGUGCCCAGGAGCUGACCUGCUUGCAGUCUUGCAGCCCGGCCCGUCCGUCCGUGCUGGGCCGCCCGCAGCAGCAAGUGCCGGAGGUCUCAAGGAGCGAGUCUGCAGCUGCCCGGCCACUGCCGCUGCCCGAGGUGCGUGAGGACAGUACUCAUAGCCUGGCCCCCAUGCCCGUAAUGGUCAAGCGAGAGCCUCAAGACUUGGACCAGCUGUACCUGGACGACGUAAAUGAAAUAAUAAGAAACGACCUCUCCAGCACCAGCAUCCAUUCAUAGUUGGUGACGUUGGAACUCACUCAGAGGCUGCGUGGUGUCAAUCCACAGGCAGCUGUCGAGCUUCCCUGCAAAGACUCCGACAAGGUGAACUGGGCUCAGCCCUGCACCCUGAGAAUGCCCACACCCUGAGGACCCACGUCAGAAGUGGCUCCAGCGGGAAGGAAGGACCCCCCAACCCGUCGCCGAGGAAGAGGCAUCUCCAGGGGCAGAUGGAAGGUGGCAGGGUGGGAUGGGGCAGGAGGUGACCUCAGGGCAGUGGCCCACGUGGCGGCUGGGCCCCUUGGGCACCCCUGGAUUCCAGAACUGGAAGUGCCUUACUUAAGCAGCGCCCACCUCAGGACAGCGCGGAAUUGAGCACCGAGCUUGCUACCGGGGGAGUGUUCACAGGAGCAACGACUAUAAAAACAUUUCAUUGUGAGACUUUAUCCUUCAUACAAACUGGGAGAAUGCUGGCAAGCUCGGCGUUGCAGGAAAACCUAAUGCGUGGGUUCUGUCUACUUCUUCACCUUUUCCUGGGCUGUGACAUACAAUUCUGCUGCCUUAUUCGGAGUGUUUUGAGAUCUUCCAGUUUGUCAUCUCAGCUCUUUCCCAAUCUCCUCCCCCUGCUGUGUUACUGAAACCGUAGGAUUGUCAAUCGUGGCAUGGUGGGAUUGCUAGGAUAUUGUUUUUAAUCUGGCUUCCAAAUUGGCACAAGUAGGGUGACUAGCACAAGGUAGGUUACUGGAUGAAAGAAAUCUCUGUCCCAGGACAGACCCCGCACUUGCAUGUCUGUACAUAGGUAGGCCUGUGUGUGUCUGUCCACCAGCACAGCAGUGGGACCGUCCUGUCUGCCCAGCAAGGGCCUCCACAGUAACAAUAACAGGGUCUGUUUUGGAAAAUGCAUCCAAGACUCCAAAGCUGGCUUCUCAGCCACUGCCACGGGGACCGAUCUGCCCUGGAGGGCUGUGUGUUCUCGGCCCUACAGUUAACAGAGCACUUUAGGAAGCCAGGAGAGGGGGUGCAAAUACCUGUGUGCCACCAAAUGGCAGGAUUGGAAAGUGACUGUAAGUAAUGCGACAGGACUGUAAUAUACUGGUUCAGCUGUAAGAUCGGUUCACAGAAGCCUUAGAACUCGCUUCGUCCAAGAAAACGAUUACCAAAAAGAAUGUUUUGAUAUGCAGCAACUAUAGAGUGUUUUCGGAUUAGUUACUAUUAGCAGGUAGGUUAGUGUGAGCUUUUCUCCUGCAUUUUGUACAAAGAACAACUUGUUACGCGUUAUUACUCGCAGUGACCUAUUGUUCCACAUAACCAGAAAGCAUGGUUUACUCACAACCUGUCUAAGCUGGUCAUGGUGCCUUAGGAGUCCGUGCCCCCUCGUGGAGCAGGCCUGAACUGCGCCUGCACGGCUGUCUGGGACGCAAGGCGGGCAGCAGUGCCACGUGGUGAAGCUCCCCCACAGAAACAGUUCUUUCCGAAAUGCUCUUCUGUAUGAUUAUGUCUUCUUAAAAAAUUCACGGGAAGAACCAACUGUGUAAGCCACAUCUGCAGCCUUUGCACAUGACUGAAGAGUGAGAGCUCGUGGCUGCGCAUGGCCUGUAGGGCCAGAGCCUGCCCAGCGCUCAGCCACGGAGCCGCAUGGUGUGCUCCCGAGGGGACUGUCACAUGGAGAGCAGACCUGCCCCUUGGGUCAGUGUCUCUGUAGUUAGGAAAGAGCCAAUAAAGCGGUAUUUUUUUUUUUUUGCUGGA